AUCUUCAGUGGAACUUCGAAAACGGGAAGAUGAUUGAGUGAAAGUGCUGCUUAACGGAGGAAUUUGAAAACUUUAAACUGGAACUAUGAAAAGGCUCCGGUUCCGGAAAACAACGAUGAAGAUUUGGAUGUUAUUGUUUCGGGAUUUGUAAUUUAGAUCGGGGCAGCUCCCUGAGUCAAAUUGAAACUAUGAACUAUGAAAAGGCUCCGGUUCCGGAAAAAAAACGAUGAAGAUUUAGUAGUUAUUGUUUCGGUGUUUUGAAAUUGGAUCAAUGGAUUUGGGCAGCUCCCUGAUUCUCUCAAAGGUGGUACGCCGAUUUCGGUUAAAUGAAGAACUGCAAAAUGUCUUCACAUAUCACAAGUAAUGGGCAUUCAAAUAAUCCCGAGAAUGAUGCGAAUAACAACAGUUCCUCUUCAUCACAGAAUAAUCAACCGAAUAGUCCGUCUAAGUCAUCUCGAUGGCAGACCUCUACUGCUCUUCCAAGUACAGAUCAGAAUGGCCGGACCAUUCCUCGAUUCAUCUUUGAUCCAGACAGCAGUCUUGUUUUUUAUUGGACAGCAGCAGUUGCAUUAGCGACUCUCUACAACUCAUGGAUGGUUGCACUUCGCAUAGCAUUUCCAGAAAUACGGCAAGAGAAUGGACCAUUUUAUUUAACUUACGUCGAUAUGCUGAGCGACUUGAUCUAUCUGCUCGAUAUAUUAAUGCAAUUACGCACUGCCUAUUUACAGGAUGGAAUUCCUGUGUUUGACCCCUGUAAAAUUCGCCAAUAUUACGUGAGCCAAACAUAUUUCGUACAAGACGUAAUUUCUGUACUUCCUAGUCAAAUGAUUCUGUCUCUUCUUCCAGACGCAGUAGGCUGUUGUAAAUAUUUUUUAUGCACAGCUGGUGCUGCUCGUCUGACAAGAUUGUUGAAGUUUCAUAUUCUUUACAAGUUUUAUGAUUUAGCAGAAAGCUUUACAAGCAAUCCACAUCUCAUACGGGUGUUACGACUGUUUUUAAAUUUAGCAAUUAUUAUACACUGGAUUGCGUGCCUCUAUUACCUUCUAUCCGAGUAUGAAGGAUUGGGAAGUAAUGCCUGGGUGUACACCAAUGCAACAGAUCAACAAAGAUUUUCAAGGAAAUACAUAAUAUGCUUAUAUUGGUCAGCGAUGACGCUCACGACUAUUGGUAACACCAAUUCACCUGAAACUGAUGUGGAGUACAUCUUUACUGGUGUCAUAUUUUUAACCGGAGUUUUUGUGUUUGCUACUGUAAUGGGAAAUGUUGGUGAUGUUAUAUCAAGUAUGAAUGCUAAUCGCCAAGAAUUUCAAGCUCGAAUGGAUCAUAUACAAAUGUAUUUAACACACAAGAAAGUACCUGCUUCUUUACAAUUGAAAAUUAAAAAAUGGGCGGAAUAUACAUGGUCUAGGACAAAAGCAACUGAUGAGUCUCGAUUGCUAAAUAUGCUGCCUGAAAGACUACGAGCAGAAGUUGCUGUGCACGUUCAUCUCGAUAGCCUUAAGAAAAUUAAGAUAUUUGAGCAAUGUGAAACUGGAUUUCUGUGUGAACUUGUGUUGAAACUUCGAUCUCAAGUGUUCUCUCCUGGUGAUUAUGUCUGCCGAGUAGGAGAAACAGGUCGCGAAAUGUUUAUCAUCAACCACGGCAAAGUAGAGGUAAUCGUACCAAAUCCUGCCAACAAUAAAGAUAUGGUUGUUGCCGUUUUAACUGAAGGAAAUUACUUCGGAGAAAUAAGUUUGCUGAGAUUAGAUGGCGUGCAAAAUAGGCGGACGGCAGACGUUAGAUCUAUUGGAUAUUCAGAGCUUCUGUGCCUCUCCAGAAGAGACUUAAUGGCAGCUUUAGUUGAAUACCCUGAAGCUAAGUCCAUUUUAGAAGCACAAGCUAAGAGAAGAAUGAAAACAAAUUUACAAGCCCAAAGAGCAUUCAGCGUGGAUACGUUGCUUCGAAGUUCACAAGAUUAUUCUUCACUGGAUAGCGGAAUAGCUAAAGAAGAAAACAGAGGUCAUGAUGUAUCAGAAAUAAAAGCCAUGAUCGAAGAAUUGAAAAACGCCAAUAAAGUUCCAGGGAGAACAGUAUGGCAACUUAUAGCUAGAUGUGAAGUUCUCCAAGCAAGAUUGUGUGAAAAGGAGAAAGAAGUAGAAGAUUCAAAGAGGCGGAUACAAGAACUAGAGCAACUACUUGUCUCCGUCCAUUGCCCAAACCCGUCAAGAAUUCAAGAAGAAAUGCCAGCAGAUGAAUCAGAUAUUAGUUCAGUUAAGCAUCUGCGACCUAAUAACAAAGUUGUAAAGCAGUUUUCUCAAGACGAAGGAAGAAAUGUGACGAGAGAUACUUCAGAUAAUUCUGCAAAUGAGACUAUGAAUUCUGAACGGCGAAUUGUACCUGAUGUUAAAAUUACAAGACCAGCUUCAGAAGCUGGAUCACUUAACACCGAAAACGAUUUGGAAUCUGUUCAAAAAUAUGUUUUCAAAGAUGACAAUUUCAUCAAAACUUCUAAAAUCUCCAAUGUGUCUUUUGAGAAGGCACAGAAUUCUAAAUCUUGCCAAAGACAGUCUUCUCUGUCCUCUCAAGAUAACGAAUUUUCGCAAAAGUUCCAUAUAAGUCACACGCAGAAACAAUCUCCCGCUUUCACAAAUUCAGAUAUUUCUGAAGACAGACAUUGUUUGGAAACGAAUGGCAACCAGUCUGAAGGUAGUUUGAGAAUAUUUUCUCAAAAUGUUUUGAGCAUAAAUCCUUCCUUGGAUUACAGUUUUUCAAGUGAAACUAUGAUAGAUCACAGCCUUAUGUUCAGCAAUACUGAACGAAUAUCGCUAACAACUAAUUUUAGCGACGAGUUGUUUUUAAACGAUCCAGUAGAUCUUUCUGUUCAUACCAUUCCGGAAGAACCUGAGGAAGACAUUGAAGAUAUCACUGAAGAACCUAGUUUCAGCAAUCAGCAGCGUCCUACAUCAGAAUCUUCAAUGUCUAAAUAUGGCAACCCGUCUUCAGUGGCGAAAUAUAUAGGACAAGAUUCUGUCUAUAACAACAAUUCUGUGGAACAGAAACUUACAAGAAGGCAAAAUGCAGUUAAUUUUUCAUUCGAUGGGUUAGACCAAGAAGGUAAUAAUAAACCUUCAAACUCUUUAGCAGUCAAAAACUUUUAUUCUACCCUUGAUGAAAUGACUUUAAAUGCUUUUGAAUCAGGAGAUGGUAUCAACUUCCUUAAGAUGGGCUCCAUAAGUAGCUGCUUCUCAGAUGAUUCUAAUUCGAGAAGAAAUAGCUGGAACUGGGAAUCUGACGGAGAUAACGAUGAAGACUCAGAUUCCAGCUAAAACGCAAUGAAUGAACAAGGAUAUGGAAAAUUUGUGUCUGCUAUAUUCGUUGUUGAAGGUAGAAUUAAACCCUAAAGCCCAAAGAGAAAUGGAAUAGGAAGCGCACAAUGAAAUGCUGUUGUCAAAAGUAAAUGAUGAGUAAAUCCAGAAUGCACACAAGGGAAAGUUACAUGAAGCCUCAGAUAGGAAGAGGAACACUUGUUUUUGCCGUUGUGAUAUAACUGAUGUCUAACGUCGACAUUUUAAUUACAGUAAUCUUAAAAUAAAGUAAAAAGUACAAAUACUAUUAUUGUGCAUUUUUAGUUUUAUUUCAUUCUGUCAUAAUGCGUUAAUGCUGUAAUCUUAAAAGGUUUAACUAAACUUUCUCGUGAGAAACAUCAAAACUAAAACGAGGAUGAAAACGACAAAUAUUUCAAUUCAUAGCAUGAAGUCGUGAAGUUUUGUUAUUAUGAAUCUUGAAAAAUCUACCCCACGCUUUCGAAAUACUAGCUGGAUAUGCUGAUUCUUACACCACUUGGGCACAUGGAUGGAAUUAUUUUAAUUCUUUGCAUCGGAAUCCAGAAUAUUAAUUUGUAGUUUAUUCUAACUGUGCUAUGAAUAGUAAUUUUAAGUAUUUAAAUCAUUUUAAAAACUCUUUUGAUUUUAAAGCUGACUCAUGACUGUUUUAUGUACAAGCACAUUUAAAACAUAAAUUAAGAGCUAUUAACUUGAGAAUUUUUCUUUUCAAUUUCAUGCUCCACAUUUGCACUUUGUCACAGGUCUAUACGUUUAUUUUUUAAAUAUCCAUAUUUUAUUUUAAAUGAAGAUUUUUAUAUAGCUACUACCAAAAUUUCUAUAAUUAUAGCUGUUGGUUAUGCAUAUUAUAAAUCAUUCCUACAAAUAAUUUUGCAUCUUUAUUUUUAACACUUUGGUGCAUCUCAUCAAAAAUUCAUGAAGUUAUAUGACACACAAUUUGCGGAGAGUUCCAAAAGUCCUGUCAAUUAGAAGCGAAAUAAUGCAGAAGUAAGUGUUAGAUUUUCAGAAAAAAAAAGUUUAUUAUUUAUUUCUGAAAUUUUCAAAAGUUAUUAGCGAAUUUACUAGCAGCUUUUUUUACAAACUGCAGCAAAAUACUACAUAUAUGAAGAAGGAAGUGCUAAAAGAUUUGAAACGCCCUACGUACUUUGCAUGUUAGGAUAAGAAUGCAGAAUAUUAAGAUCAUUCAUAAUUUGAUUACCAUAAGAUAAUAACCAUAAGAUUUCAAAUCUAACCUUUAUGUUGAAUAUAAGCUCGUAGAUUUCUCACAUUUAAUAUAAAGUGUAAUAUAAACUUUUGAUUUAAAAAUACAGAUUUUAACUUUUAUUCCUACUUGUUAAAAAAUCAAUAAGUUCAAUUACUAAUUUUUUGCACUAAGAAUGAUUUCUUUGUUCGGGAAUACAUUUAUAUGCAAAUAGCUAUUUUUCAAAUUUGAAAAUUAAUCC